AUGAGCAUUAAAAUCAAGGCGAAUUGCUAUCGGGGUGGAUAUGAGGAGGGCACCAUGACCCCGAAAUGCUGCGAGCAUGGGGGAGUGUACAGAGUUGUAGACAAGUGUGGUUGCGUCCUCUUUGAGGAAUUGACUGGACUGCAACAUGACUUGUGCGGUGAAUGCAAAAUCCAAAUGAAGGAUGAUGCUGUGAGAGAGGCCCGUAAGAUGGAGAGGGCACUGCGCUGUGAAGAGCAACGCCGAGAAACCAAGGCAGCUCAACAGCUUGAGCGUGAUAUGAGACUCGAGGAGGAGCCCGGCCCUUUCCGGAAGUUUUUGGGAAAGAAGCAGAAGCGCAAGCCAUCUCCUUUCAUUGGCUCCUUCGACCAGCUUCCUCAUCACCCAACUCCAGAGGAUCUGCGUUCGGACGAAGACCUGUCUCGCUCUGUUCCACAAGACCGAGGCUGCGGAAAGAGGACACCUAUGCACCGUCAGAUUCUCCAGGCCCAGCGCGAUGCUACCCUCUCAGGCACUCCAGUGGUGUCUCAACUCUCUGUCUCGACUGGGAACAGAAUUAGGAAGAAGUACCUUACGUACAAUCCUGCCCGUGGCGGAGCAGCCCCUGUGGACGAGCGGACUUUGUCAUGGAGAGCGAAAUCCGAGACUGCUCCGCCCACCCUGCCCAAGGAGAAUGACGCCGUGAUCUCGUCAGCGAGUGUGGUGGACCAGGCCCUGUACAGGACCUCAAAGGUGGACGACACCUUCUUCCCCCCCUGGACCAUGGCAAGAGGGAUCCACCCCGGCGUCGUGAAGCCCACCGCUUCAGCUGCCAUGGCGUCCGAAGAUGCCUAG